CCGUCCCCGCCGCCCCGGACAUGGCCGCGGCGCCGCCGUCGCUAGCGCGCCACCUCCUGCUGCCGGCCGGGUGCCUCCUCCUCCUGCUGCUGCUGACCGCUGACGCCGCGCGCCUCCCGCUGGCCCUCGCGCCCGACGACGCCGACGCGCUCCUCCAGCUCAAGUCCGGGAUCAAGGACGGCGGCGGCGCGCUCAGCAGCUGGGCCCCCGGCACGAGCCCCUGCAACGGCGACGAAUCCAAAUGGGCCGGCGUCAUGUGCAACAAGAACGGCGUGCACGGCCUGCAGCUCGAGGGGAUGAGCCUCUCCGGCAAGCUCGACCUGGGCGCCCUCAAGCGCCUGUCCGGCCUCCGCACGCUGAGCUUCAUGGACAACGAGUUCGCCGGCCCGAUGCCCGACGUCAGGGGGCUCAGUGGCCUCCGUGCUAUCUUCCUGUCCGGCAACGAGUUCUCCGGGACGAUCCCCGCCGACGCGUUCGCCGGGAUGGGCUGGCUCAAGAAGAUCGUCCUCUCCAACAAUAACUUCUCCGGCCCCAUCCCGGCGUCGCUCGCCGACUUGCCCAGGCUCCUCGACCUGCAGCUCAACGACAACAAGUUCCAGGGCAAAAUCCCUGAUCUGAAACAGAAGGAAUUGAAGGAUGUCAAUAUCGCAAACAAUGAGCUCGAGGGGGAGAUCCCGGCGAGCCUCAAGAACAUCAAAUCCGACAUGUUCGCCGGCAACAAGAAGCUUUGCGGUGCGCCGCUUGGUGCCAAAUGCGAGGCCACUCCGCCGCCGGCAGUAAAGGCGCCAGUGCCGACCUCCGACAAAGCAGGGGCCGCACCGGACGCCGCGGCGUCCACGGGCGCGUCCGCUGAUGACGGGAAGCAAGAAGUUCAGAAGCCCGCCGAGGGCUUCACGUCCUACGGCAUCCUCGCCGCGGUCCUUGGCACGCUGGCGAUCGCCGGCGUGGCGUUCGUCGCGCUGCACAAGCGGCGGGACACGACCAAGAACUUCGGCCCGGCCGCUUCGACGAAGCCCUCGGGGCCGAGGGUCGAGCCGCAGCCUGCGGCGAAAGCCGAAGCCAGCGCGGCGCGCGGGGCUGCGCCGGCUGCAGCCGGCGCCGCCGGCGCCGCCGCGGCGGGAUGCGGUGGCGAGGAGCGCAGCAGCCGCGCGGGCGGCAGCACGGCGCGGAAGGUGGAGCUGGGGCGGCUGACCUUCGUGCGCGACGACCGCGGCCGGUUCUUCGAGCUGCAGGACCUGCUCAAGGCGACGGCGGAGGUGCUCGGCACCGCCAACCUCGGCGUGUGCUACCGCGCCACGCUGACGAGCGGGCACUCCGUCGUCGUCAAGCGGUUCAAGGAGAUGAACCGGGUGGGCCGGGAGGACUUUGAGGAGCACAUGCGGCGGCUCGGCCGGCUCAGCCACCCCAACCUCCUCCGGCUCGUCGCCUACUACUACCGCAAGGAAGAGAAGCUCCUCAUCCACGACUACGUCCCCAACAGGAGCUUGGCCAACCUCCUCCAUGGCGAGGGCCGCGGGUUGAAGAAAGCGGUGCUGCACUGGAGCGCGCGGCUGAAGAUCGUCAAGGGCGUGGCGCGGGCGCUGAGCUACCUGUACGACGAGCUGUGCAUGCUCACGGUGCCGCAUGGCCACCUCAAGUCGUCCAACAUCCUGCUCAACGGCCAGUACGAGCCGCUGCUCACCGACUACGCGCUGGUGCCGGUGAUGAACCAGUCGCACGCCGCGCAGCUCAUGGUGGCCUUCAAGUCCCCCGAGCGGAAGCAGUUCGGCCGCUCCUCCAAGAAGAGCGACGUCUGGUGCCUCGGCCUGCUCAUCCUCGAGAUCCUCGCCGGGAGGCCGGCGAGCUACGACCUCCCCAAGGCAGGCGCGGCGGCCGAGCCGUCGGCGUCGUCGUCGUCCCAGCAGAAGCCGGCGGCGGCGGGCAGCAGCAGCGACCUGGUGAGCGUCGUGGGCUCGACGCCGGAGGGCGAGUGGCUGCGCGCCGUGGUGGACCCGGACCUGAAGGUCGAGGACGACGAGGACAGGGCGGAGAUGGUGAAGCUGAUCAGGAUCGGCAUGGCGUGCUGCGAGACCAACGUGGACAGCCGGUGGGAGCUCAAGACCGCCGUCGACAGGAUCGAGGAGCUCAAGGCGACGGACCGCGCCAGCGAGGACCAGUCCUUCUACUCGUCGGUGAACGACGAGGAGGACCUCAAUGAUGUCGCCAUCAACUGAUGGAUCGACAUGAACCGGCACGGGGAUCAAUUUGGGAUCGCGUCGUGUGUGCAUCGUACUGGGCUCGAUGCGACAUGCAUGCCGACACGAUAAAACGUGAACUAGUAAUGUGUACGCUUAUCUCUGUUGCCGGUGGUAGAAAAGAUGUAUCUUCUUAUAUAUAUAACACGGAUCUUAGUUU